AUGGCUCCUGGAAACAAAGAGAGGCAUCCCGGACAUACGGGUACUAUUCCCAAAACGAAAGCAAGAAAUAAUUGCAAUGUACCCCAAGAAGCUGUGACACCAACAAGGAGAGAUAUGACAACAAACCUUGUGACGACAUCUUUGGAUUGGGUUCCUGUUUCUGAGUACAAUACACGAACUAAUUGUAAUCAAUCAAGAAAACCAGCUAACAAUACAUCAGAUCAAGAAUUGGCAGACUUAGACAACUCUGUUUCAUAUGAGAGUGGAUUUGGAAGAUUUGUUCCAGUAAGACCCCAGCCUCGAGCAUUACCUUUGACUGUUCAGAAUCGAGAAAAUAUUUCUGUGGAUCACAAUGAUGAUGGUGCAAGCUCAUCUAUUUCCUCUCACACUUCGCAUCACUUUCAAAAUGGUUCAAUUCCUCAUACCAAUCAUGCAGCGGCUGCUGUAAUGAUUGUAAACCCCACAACACCAAAUGCUGUAACAGGGAAUAUGUCACAACCUUUUAACGCACCAAAUCAAAACCGCAAUAACUUGACAAGGAAUUUGAAUUCCACUCGCAACACUUUCGAUGGUAAUACUCACGCUAGUAACAAUAAUAUUACUCCACCAAUAUCGAAUUCGAGAACAGGCACUAAAAGUGUUAAUUUAAUUAACAACAUGUAUGACCAAGGACAGGGAAGCUUCAAUAAUUUAAAUGAAAAUAAUCAGGUACAUAGAGAGUCAGCUCGUGCUCUAGGAGAAGCAAUCGUAGCUGCUUGUCCUGACGCUGCAGCUGUAGAGCGUCGGCUGGGACAAAUAAGAGAAUACAUUAGAGUUACAUCUUCGCUUGUUGACACAAUGCGUAAUUCUGAAGAUGAGGCAUUUAUAGAACAUACUAAAGAAGAAUAUGAUGAACUUAUUCAAAUGGUGACGAAGUUGAAAGAAAGUGAAAGUAAGUUGGAAAGUAUGCUAGUAAAAAAGGUUCCGGAUAAUGUGGGAGUUCCUCCUGAAGAAGCAAUUGAAUCUGAUACUCAUUUAGAAACAAACUCCGUUGUCUCUGAAAUACCUGACAGUGUUUCAUUGAAUAAACUGAACCACGAUGAAGGUAUAUCUAAAAGUAAUAAUGAAAAUAAUAUAAUAAAUCAUAAUCUCAAAAAAGUAACAAAUAUAGAAAAUGAACAUUUGAAUAAAACUAUGUCCAAUACCAAAAUUAAUGAUGACAAUGUUAAGAAAGAUAUGCCAAAGAUAAUAGAAACACUCGGCGAUCAGGAAAAUAAGGUCAGGAAUGGUGGUGAAAUAGAAGAAAUGGAGUCUAUUACUUGUGAUGAAACUGAAACUAAACAUGAUGAUCAGCAUCUCAACGAUGAGUUAAGAAAAAAUAUAAUAUCUUGUGUUGAAAAAGUAGCAAUAAUAGAAGAAAUGAAAAAUAAAAUUAAUAAUUGUGGCAACAAUCACGAUCAGGAUGUUGUAAUUAGACCGGUCUCCGUUCAGAGCAAUGGAUCGACAUAUAGUGACAAUGAAUUGUGGCAAAAUGAAAUUAAAAAUAAAAUGGAGAUGUCACAGAUUCGACUGUCCGCUUUGAAACAACAGCAAAAAAGGCUACUAAAAUACCAGGCUGAGGCGAAACAACAGCUGGAAGAAAUGAAAGAAAGGCAAGCCCAAGAAAUACAUCCGUCAACUUCCAAUGAGAACUUUGCUGGCAUGCAGAAUAUGUCACAUACUGGCAAUUACAAUCAACAAAACCGAAUGUAUGGGACCAAUCAGAUAGGUGUUGCCACUACUCUUCCCCAGUCAUCUGAUAGUAUACAUGGGGGUCACCAAAUGGCUAACAAUAUUGAAAAUGAACAUGGCCAUUCCACUCAGUCUACGCACAGCCAAGAUGAGAGGUUUUCAAAUAGAGAGGACAACAUAAGUGAGGAAGCCGCAGGUGCGACUCGAGACAGUGAGGGUGAAGAGGACGAUAGUACGCUGCAUGAGCGAAGCCAAAUGCUGCAACUUAAAUUGCGAGAACUUCAACUUAGGAAACAACACAUGGAAAACUUGGUUUCCGAGUUCCGAAAACUGCAGAUGGCAACUGGUUUGGCCAGCUCUCAUAACACAUAUUCGAGUUCUGGGGAAGAAAGUGCAGAAGACGAACCACCUGGAAAAUGUAUGAUGAUUUUUGGUUUCUAUAUAUUUUCAGUACAAAUUAUAUAUCUAUGCAUGUUACAAAGUAUAUGUUUUGUAGGUAACAAACCAGAAAGAAAUUUGAAAAAUGAAGAUCCUUUUAAACUAAUGGAAAUAAAAGCUAUCAAAACUGCUUUGCAAAAAACUAAAGAUUUAAUGAGAUCAGUAGAAACUUUUGAAGCCGAUCACUUAUCAAAUUCGCAUGAAGACUCCUUCCCUAUGUCAAGCCAUUCAAACAUACAUGAUAACAAAUCGGAAGGUGGUGGCAGUAUGGGCGGCUGGUCGAACGAAGGUAGCGUGUGUCGAGUUCGCAAUUCACUUUCCCAACGGCAUAAGUUUACCAACGAGCAGCAUCACCAACAACAGCAACAGCAACAUCAUCAACAACAACAGCACCACCAACUUCAUCAACAACAACAGCACCACCAACAACAGCAAAAUUACCAACAACAAAAUAACCAAUUGCAGCAAAAUCAACAGCAACAACAACCUCCCCAACUGCAACAACCUCAACAUCAUCGCCAGCAGCAGCAAUUUCACCAACAUCAGCAGCAGCAGCAACAGCAGCAACAUCAUCCCCAACAGCAAUACAUUCAACAACAACAUGAACAACAACAACCAAGUCCUGAAGCUAACAUUGCGAGUUUGCAAGAACUAGCACAAGAAUUACGUAUGGCGACUGAAGAGAUAAUGGGCGAACGCGCUCGUAUUGAAGAUAUGCUAUCAAAUAAAGAAGCGAGCCGAAAGCAGAAGAAGGUUAAUGAAGAAGUACGCGCUGGUCCCAGUGGUGGGCCGGGCCCGGCCGAGCGUCGCCAAAUGCAACUGCGCGCGCUUCUUGCCGAAAAGCAACGUGAACUGGAAGCACUACUCAACAAAGAGAAGGUGAUCUGUGGUGGAGCUGAAACUCAGAAAAAGCCCGAUUCGCGUGCCAUGUCCGUCGCUAACCAGUCUUACAACAGUGAACAAGAAGAACAAGAAUUGAGAUCUGAACAACUGCCGCUAGAUUCGAAUAACUCAAGAGAAAACGAACACUUUCGGGGCGGUGGCGACAAUGGCAUGAGUGGCAGAUCCAUUAAUGCCGUGCCAUCAUGCUUAGAAAGCAAUUAUGGAAGUGACACUGACAGCGCUUCAAGGAAUAAAUCGAAUCAAAGGAAUAGAGCGAGGCGCCGACAGACGCAAGAUCGUCUGCCUGAUGAUAACACAUCUCAAACUAAUAACGCAAUCCCUAAUGUGCGGCAUGACACUAGGCCAGAGACGUCUAAUGUCAACAUGGUGCCACCGGUAGCUCAGAACGGUGACAACCCAAUUAAUAUACCGUAUGGUCAGUUACCACCUCAAUGCUGGAACGGCACCAAAUCAAACCAGGAUAUUCGCACGAACCAAUUUACUCAGAACAGUCACUCGCAAACUAUGGAGCGUCUUUUGGGAACACCGAUGAUGUCUUGCCCACCAACUAUGCCUUUCAACAUGAUGAUGCCCUAUGGAAUGGUGGGAGGUUGUGGCUGUGGGUGUAGUUUUUGGGGCGCGUGGUGUUGGCAGCAACUCAUAAUGCAGCAAAGAGAAAUACACCAGUUUAGAGAGCAGCUGAGUCAUUUGGAGGAACGUUGGCGGGCUGAAACAGCCUCGCACACUCUUAACAAUCAGGUGCCACCUGGUAACCGCGCUAAUAACUAUUGGGAUAACUUCCGAAGCUAUUCACGUCAAAAUCUCCUCUCUACUAAUAGCAAGACAAAUGCGGACGGACAUUUAGGUACAGGAUCGGCUCACAACCCUCAUCCAUUAGUAGAAAGAUCGCAUAACACCUUAAAUCAUGCGUCGUCAUCUACUUCACCUUCUAUUACUCCUAAAAGAAACACAAAUACAACAAGUUCUUCGCAAGGGCCAGCCUCUCAACCACCUACUCAAGUAAACAAUGAAGACCUACCAAAUAGACAUUCACGAAGAAAUGUCACAUAUGAAAGGUCUUUCUCGUUCUCAUCUGCCCCAGAUGUUUUAAAUGUAAAUCAAAAUAAUGACACGGAAUCGCACGGAAGUACAGCGACUCAUUCUAGGAAUGUCGACGAGAGUACCGCAUCUAAUAUAAACAUAAAUCGCCAAGAAAGCACAACAAACUCAUUCAGAAACUUAAACAUUACGAAUCCUAUUCCCGAAAUAAUACAAUCGCAUUCCAAUAACUUAAACAAUUCUGCGAACAGUAAGAAAAAAUCGUCUUCUAAACUGCCUGCCAAGAACUCAACAAACAGAAGAAACUGCUCUCUGGACUUCUCCCAAACUAGUAACAUUAAUAUAGCAAGCACAUCCGAAACGCCUAAUCCUAAUUUAGCAUCAACUAGUCGUGAAGUUCAAGAAAAAGCUACAUCAAAACUAUUUGACCUUUUAAGAGAAAAUGUUUAUUCCGAAGUUACGACCUUGAUUGGCGUUAAUGAGUCUCAUCCAGAUUUUCUAAUUCAGUUAUUUAGAGAGCUGCAACUGAUUAGUUCUGAUCCUUUGAGACAAAAAGUUCUUCAGUCCAUUCGAAAUGUUCUCUCCCAAUAUAGUUCGAUUAUCGAGAAUCAAAAUAAUGAUAAUGAGGAUGAAUGUGAAGCCGAAGCAGUCACAACUACGGCUGGAGAAACUAAUAAUUACCACGAUUGUACCUCGCACUCGCUACAAAAUGAUUGCACAAACGCAAUACAAAUUGAUAACAAAAUCGUACGCUUUUUGCUUUUAAAAAGCGAAGAGGUAUGCACAUCUGAGUUGUUGGAGUCACUGGCGACACUCAUCCUUAGCAGUGCAGCAGACAGCAAGCAAUCAAAAAAGAGACUGCUAGAGCUACUGUCAAAGUAUGAAGGCAUGCGGAUCUGUGACAUAUCCAGCGAUAUCAUAGAAAACUUGUCACUUCUUAUUUCUGGAAACAGUGAAGGUGAUGAAUCUGCUCACCUUACGAGCGAAAUAUCUGAAUCAUCUAUUCUACAAGACGUUGCAGGUUCACUCAAUUUGUUUAGUUCAAGUGAAACUCAAUUGCAUCAACUAAAUACAUGCCCGUAUGAAAUGUGGCCAGGACAUGUCCAUAUGGACAUAGAUGGUACAGAUUUGAAUGAAAAUUCUAGAAGUAGUCAAGAAGGCAAAGUCGAUCUCAUUAAUUGUUCGGAGAUGCAUAAUGGUGAUUUGGCUGAAGCUGAUCAAACUUGCCAUGUGGAUGCAGGAGAUACUGGUAUGAAUAGUAAUGAUGAGGGUUCAAAUAAUGUUGAAGUUCUACCUGAUGUGGUGGACACUGAUGAAGCUACUCCUACAGAGGCAGAAGCAGAGUGGCUUGGGCUUGACCGUGUGCCAACAAGGCUGCAUAUGGAAGAAACAUCUGAAAAGCAAAAAGGUGAUAUUAAUACUUUAUAA